AUCUGAUUAUGAAGGAAUUUCUGUUUAGAGUGAUACAUUCUUCUUAGAAGGUACAAUAUUAAUGUUAUUAAACUCUCAGGGAUAACAGAUGUGGAGAACUUUCUGCAAUCACAGAGUUUGAAUGCAACCCGUACAAUGUCCUGUGGUUAAGACAGAAUUUCAACAGUGUUAUGUCACUCUCUGAAGUAGAGAUGACAUGUUGAUAAAAGGUGUAAGGUUUCAGCAUGGCAGCGAGGAGAUGAGGAGGAGGCUGUGAAUGUAAGCUUUUUUAAGGCUUAUAUGGAAGUACUAGUAGUUCUGCAAUCACCUGUGUUUGCUUUGUCUCUUCCAACAUCUGUGUCUAAGGUUUUAUACACUGAAGAUAUAUGCUGAAAUGAUAUUUUUUUUCCAUUCACACUAAUUUUGUGUAUCUAAUCUAGCAGACUUGGAAGUGAGCUAACUGAUCACCCAUAGAAAGCAGGUUUUCUGUAGCAGGAUGAUGGAAAAUGAUGCACAACCUUUCAAGGGAAACUCAUGCUGCAGACUGAGAUGGAAUGAAGGCUGCUAGAGCCGGGGGAGUCCCUUUGCAAAUGCAGGGGCUGAAAGGCUUCAAGCAUUACUCAUGGGAGGUGCAGAAGCAAGGGUAAAAACAGCAAGGAGAAGUGAAACAGAGAAAUCAGAACAGCAAUACAAAUGCUGUCAAAGACUUGAGAACUAAUGUGUUUGUGCUGUUUCCAGGGACACUCAAGUGCAAGUGCAUUCUCUGUCACUGUGCUGGGCUCUCAACAUCAGACGUGCCAGGUGACACAGGGCUGUGGUAUGAGAUUGGCAGUGUGUGGCCAGGGUGUGAGCCAGGAGACAAACAGGAAGCCUGGAGACCAUCACAUUGUUUGACAUGAAGGAACUCCCUGACUGGGCAGAUAUGGCUUGCAUGAGCCUGAUAAGCAAGAGCCUGUGCAUGGGUUUUGAAAGGAAGCUGACCAUCACCACCUGUGAUCUGGGUAUUUUCUUGCAUACACCUCCACUAGCCUGUAAAGCAGCUCUCCUGCUCACUGCUAUGACCAGUCCACUGGAAGAUGCAAUGGACACCUUGAUCAGGAUUUUCUAUCACUACUCUGGCAAAGAAGGAGACAGAUACAAGCUCAGCAAAGGAGAACUCAAGGAGCUUCUCACCAGUGAGCUCACUGACUUCCUUUCAGGCCACAAGGACCCCCUCCUGAUUGAUAAAAUUAUGAAUGACCUGGACUCCAAUAAGGACAAUGAAGUGGAUUUUAAUGAAUUUGUCAUUCUGGUUGCUGCUUUGACUGUGGCAUGUAAUGAUUUCUUUGAAGAACAGCUAAAGAAAGAGAGAUUUUAAAAAUCCUCCAUGUAAUCAAUCUCCUGGCCACAAAUGUAAGCAAAGCAUGCCUAGUUAGGUUGCCCUCAUUAGUGUUUAGCAAAUGCAAACCAUCAUUCCUCCAACUGUUACUGCUCUAAGACAUUUAUGGAGCUAAUCAGCAGCUGGUGUAAGCUGGACCAUAGCCAGCUUACACUACUUGAGAUGUGGCUCUUAAUAUUUCCAGUCUUUGCACUCCAUGCAUUUGUAACAUGCCUCCAUCAUUGCCCAGGUCAAGGGCUUGGGGUGACAGAUCAUUUGGCACAAGUUGAGACUUCUAUUUCUUCAAUGUCAGUGGAAAGUAAAAGGCAUGGGAAUGUUACUUAUAUACUUUCUGAAUGGAAAAAAAUUGGAAUGAGACAUAACACUUGCAAUUUAAUUUUCAGUAAUUUUAUAAUAAUCUUAUUUUGCAGCUCAAAACCAGCAGAAUCUUUUUAGCUCAGCUCUGCUUAUUCUAAAACCCUUUUUAGCUGCUGCUCUCCACACUCAUAUUUCAGAUGUGGUCACAGCUGUCUCUUGCUGCUGAAGCAUACAAUACUGCUUGUCAUUGUUAUGGGUUCAUUUCCUCCAUGUCUCCAGCUUCAAUUUUGUUCUGCUGGCAUUGCUGCUUCCCAGUAGUCAACCUCUUCACUUGGCACAAAUGAAUUUAUUCGUAUCAUAAAUUAUUCAAAUGCAUAGAAGAUUUAGUCAGCAAAUUGUUUGGAGGGCUGAUGGAAGGACUGGGUCUUUGGGGGAAAUGUGUAAAUGCCUUCUGCCUUCACUACUCUGGCACGGUUAAAAGGAAGCCUUUUAGGACUAUUUGUGGAGGAUUUAAUGAUGAAAUUCCAGGGUACGACUUUGUAACAUGAGUCAUCUAAGGGAAAAACUAUUAUUUCAUCUUACACUGAUCCCCACCCUGUAUGGAAGCAGGGUUUCCCUGGACCCCAUGGCCAGGCAAAGAGAGAUGAGGCCAACUCCUUCCAGUGUUAGCUUGCUCUUGGGUUAAGAGUAUUUACACACUCCUGUUUGCUUCUGAGGCCCUGCAAGUCAUCAGUGGCAGGAUAUUGUGGCUUUUUUCUCUUGCAUGGAGGGCUCUGUUAUUUCCUUGCUAUUUUGUUGGUAACUUCAAACUAUAAUAAAGGGCACCUGAAUUAAAUGAA